UGUGCGCUGCUUUGAACGCCCGGGCCUCGCCAUGGCCUUGGAGGCGAUCCGCUACUCGCGGGGCUCCCUGCAGGUCCUCGACCAGCUGCUGCUGCCGCACGAGAGCCGCUACGAGGCGGUGGGGUCGGUGCAGCAGGCCUGGGCGGCCAUCCGCGCCAUGAAGGUGCGCGGCGCCCCGGCCAUCGCCCUCGUGGGCUGCCUCAGCCUGGCCGUGGAGCUGCAGGCGGGCGCGGGCGGCCCGGGGCUCGCGGCCCUCGUGGCCUUCGUGCGCGACGCGCUCGCCUUGCUGGUCACCGCGCGGCCCACGGCCGUCAACAUGGCCCGCGCCGCCCGCGACCUGGCCGCCUUCGCCGCCGGGGAGGCCGAGCGGGAGGGCGCCACGGAGGAGGCGGUCCGGGAGAGGGUGAUCUGCUUCGCAGAGGAAAUGCUGGAGAAAGAUCUCAGGGACAAUCGGAACAUCGGGGACUUGGGCGCUCGCCAUUUGCUGGAGCGUGCGGCCCCUGAGGGUGGAAAAGUGACUGUGCUCACCCACUGUAACACGGGAGCACUGGCCACCGCUGGCUACGGCACUGCCCUUGGUGUGAUCCGUUCGCUCCACAAUCUGGGCCGCCUGGAGCACGCCUUCUGCACGGAGACGCGCCCCUACAACCAGGGUGCCCGGCUCACAGCCUUCGAGUUGGUCUACGAGCACAUCCCGGCCACACUCAUCACUGACAGCAUGGCAGCCGCUGCCAUGGCCCACCGUGGGGUGUCAGCCGUCGUCGUGGGAGCUGAUCGCGUGGUGGCCAAUGGAGACACGGCCAACAAGGUGGGCACCUACCAGCUGGCCAUCGCCGCCAAGCACCACGCCAUCCCCUUCUACGUGGCUGCCCCCAGCUCCUCUUGUGACCUCCAGCUGUCCACGGGCAAAGAUAUUGUCAUUGAGGAGCGCCCAGGACAAGAGCUGACCGACGUGCAGGGGGUCCGAAUUGCCGCGCCUGGUAUUGGGGUCUGGAAUCCCGCCUUCGACGUCACCCCCCAUGAGCUCAUAACUGGAGGCAUCAUCACGGAGUUAGGGGUGUUCUCCCCCAAGGAUCUCCAGGCUGCCCUCAGUGCUGCGGGCUCCUGAGCAGAGGCCCAGGUAGACCCCAGGAGUAUCCUUCCCCGCCACACCCAUCCAUCCCCUUCCCCCAUCAUAUGCUUAUAAUAAAAGCGCA